AUGGGACCGAAGGGGCCAAGGGGCCGAAGGGGCGAAGGGUCGAAGGGCCGAAGGGCCGAAGGGCCGAAGGAGCAGGCGAUAGAAAGGAUCAUCGUGGACAUGACCAAUCUGCAGGGGGUGAGAAAAUACGGAGACGGCUGGCGACCCAUGGACUCCACCGACCUGCGCGCCUACGUAGGGCUGCUGAUCCUAGCCGGCGUCUACAGGUCCCGAGGCGAGGCCGCGGCCAGCCUGUGGGACGCCGAGAGCGGCAGGACCGUGUUCCGCGCCACCAUGCCGCUCAAGGCGUUUCACAAGUACUCGAGGCUGCUGCGAUUCGACGACCGCCAGUCGAGACCCGCGAGACUCGCCACCGACAGACUGGCGGCCGUGAGAGAGGUGUGGGACCUGUGGGAGGAGCGGCUGCAGGCCCUCUACAACCCGGGGCCCGAAGUGACGGUGGACGAACAACUGGUCCCGUUCAGAGGACGCUGUCCUUUCCGACAGUACAUUCCCAGCAAGCCGGCCAAAUACGGCAUCAAGUCGUGGGUGGCCUGCGACGCCAAGUCCAGCUACGCUUGGAAGAUGCAAGUGUACACCGGCAAGGCGGCCGGCGGAUGCCCCGAGAAGAACCAGGGCGCGCGCGUCGUCCUCGAUCUGACCGAGGGACUGCCGACCGGUCACAACGUCACGUGUGACAAUUUCUUCACCUCCUACGAACUCGGGCAGCGGCUCCUCGAGAGGAACCUCACCAUGGUGGGCACGGUGCGAAAGAACAAGCCCGAGCUCCCUCCCGCGCUGCUCCAGUCCAAGGGCAGACAGGUCUCGUCCUCCAGGUUCGCCUUCACGCCCACCGCCACUCUAGUGUCCUACCUGGCAAAGAGAAAUAAGAACGUGCUGCUUCUGAGCACGCGGCACGCGGAGCCUGACGUCAGCGAUCGCCGAGACCGGAAGCCGGCCCUCAUCCUAGACUACAACUGCAACAAGGGCGGCGUGGACAACCUAGACAAGGUGGUCGGGACCUACAGCUGCAGACGGAUGACCGCCCGCUGGCCCCUGGUCAUCUUCCACAACAUCCUCGACGUGUCCUCCUACAACGCCUUUGUCAUAUGGCGAGAGAUCAACCCCGACUGGAUGCCCGGGAAGCGGAACAAGAGGAGGGUGUUCCUGGAGCAGCUCGGAAAGGCGCUCGUGAAGCCCUUGAUCCAAAGAAGGCAGCGUCUCCCCCGCACCGAAGCCGCGUCCGCACUUGUCAAAGUCAUACGGGGCGAGCGUGUAUCCGCCGAGGAUCGUCCGCAGGCCCGCGAGCGAGCCGCCGGCCCGGCCGCCGCCGCCGCCCCGGCCGCCCCGCUGGGGGCGAGUAAGAGGAAGAGGUGUCAGGGUUAUGAGAUUGGGAACAGCCAUAUACCACAAGCAGUUAGGUCCUCAGGCUCCAAAUCAUCUGAUUCCGAAAGCAGUUCGGGAGCGGACAUGGCAGGUGACUACGAGGAUUGGAUGUGUGAUGAUUAUCAGGACAAUUGUCAAGAGGACUAUACCCAUAACCGAGAUACUCCCGGUGCUGACAUGGAGGAUACCAGAGACCAAGAGGCUGAAACCAGUCCCCGUUCACCCGAUAGUCUUGUGGACUACGACAUUUACGAUUCCGAGGAGUCAGACUACGAGGUCCACACCCAAGACGUCGACAGUGAACAGCUCUACAGUGAACAGGUUGACGACGAAGAGGUGGUCUACUGUGAAGAGGUCUAUGGUGAAGAGGUUGACACCGGCGCUGUCGUGGAAUGUGAAGAAGUCGAUGAUGACGAGGUGGUGGACUAUGCAACCUUUGUUGCCCGACCAAAGAACCACAUCUUUGGGGAUGAAGGCCUGCAACGUCACCCAGGUGUCACAGAUGCCAGACACAAUGUCUAG